CGCCAUUAGCAAUUUUACCGCAAUUAGCGUCAACAUUACAACACUUCCCUCUGCUUCUUUCUUUCUUCCCUUCUCUCUCUUUUCCUCUGUUUCGCUUUUACAUGUGUACUUACGUCUCUCUUCGAUCCAUCCCCGUGGCUUCAUAUUCUCUUCUCUGCAAUUCCAAAAUGUCCAAUUAAUACAAUUUCACCGCUAAAUUUUGAAACCUAAUCUUUUGAUCUACUGUAAUCGGCCAUGGAAAUGGCCUCCAGUCCGCGAACCGUAGAGGAGAUCUUCAAAGAUUACAGUGCUAGAAGAGCUGGAGUUGUUCGUGCUUUAACUAACGAUGUGGAUGAAUUCUAUGGACUCUGUGAUCCAGAAAAGGAGAACUUGUGUCUAUAUGGACAUCCAAAUGAUACCUGGGAAGUAAAUCUGCCAGCUGAGGAAGUUCCUCCUGAGCUUCCUGAACCAGCCCUUGGAAUCAAUUUCGCAAGAGAUGGCAUGGACCGAAAAGACUGGCUUUCACUUGUUGCUGUGCAUAGUGAUUCGUGGUUGAUUUCUGUGGCUUUCUAUUUCGGAGCUCGUCUUAAUCGACAUGACAGGAAACGGCUUUUUAGCUUGAUCAAUGAGCUGCCCACUGUCUAUGAAGUUGUGACAGAAAGGAAACCUAUAAAAGAAAAGCCCAGUUCAGAUAGUGGAAGCAAAUCACGAGGCAGCAUAAAGAGAUCAAGUGAUGGUGGUCAAGUAGUGAAGAGCAAUCCUAAGCUCACAGAGGAGGUUUACGAGGAUGAUGAAGAUGAACAUACUGAAACUCUUUGUGGAAGCUGUGGUGGGAGUUAUAGCGCAGAUGAAUUCUGGAUUGGCUGUGACAUUUGCGAGAGGUGGUUUCAUGGAAAAUGCGUGAAGAUAACACCUGCAAAGGCUGAGAGUAUCAAGCAAUACAAGUGCCCAUCAUGCAACAUGAAGAGGAGCAGACAGUAAUGUAACUUCAGCAUCAGUGAAAGUAGUAUUAGUAAUAUUUCUUAUGCAAAUUAU